AUGGAGGCGGGGGCGCGUGGGGUCGCUGGGGUCAUUUUCCCAGCCCGCCGCUCCUCCGCCUCCCGGCCUCUCGGCAUGUGGGGCCGACCCCGCCCCGCGCCCGCGGUCAGCGACCCGCGCUGGCCCCAGCAUUCGUCUUUGGCAUCUGUGCUGCCCUACACAGCACCUACCCCCGCCAACCCUUGGAUAAGCCAGGAGUGUUGCUGGACAGUGGAAGAGGUGCUGGGGAUGUGCUCACAGUCUCCUGCUCGUCCUGAUGGAUGGAUUUGCGCCAGGCUUUGCCUCCUGCCAGGUGUGCGCGCGUCCGCCAGCCUUCUGGGGCGGCGAGCGUCAAGCCUCCGGGCGCCCCACGGCCCAGGGACCCGGCCUCGCUGCGAUCUACCCGGGGCCGCGCCCCCGCCGCGCGCGCGGAAGGCCGCAGGGAGCGCGGACCCGGAGCCCCGGGGCCCAGGCGACCCCGCCCCCGGGCCGCGUCACGGGGCGCCGCGGGUGAGCAGCUACCAUUGGCCGAGCCGCGGAGGGGGUGAGGCCGCGACCCUUCCCCGCCGGCGGGCGACGAGCCAGGGGGCCGGCAGCCUGGGCCCGGCGCUCAAUUUAAACUCUGAAAUCCGGGCCGCUGGCGGACUCCGGAAACGAAACGACGUUCGCCCGGCCGGCCGCGCGCCCCGGGCCCCGCCGCAUUCCCGGAAUCGACGCUUCUCCCGCCAUUUGCCACCCGCCUCUCGCCGAGCCCGCGCUCCGAGAUCUGAGGCCCGCGGCCGCCGGGAGCGGACGAGAGGCAUGGCGCGCGGCGCGGACGGCGGGGACGGCGCUCGCGUCUGGCAGCACGUGUUCCUGCUCCCAGAAUAUUUAAAGGAUGCUUCAAAGAAGACGAAAAGCGGGCUUGUGUUUGUAAAACUGGCUAACCCAUGUUCAGGGGAAGGAGCCAUUUACUUGUUCAACAUGUGUCUACCACAGCUGUUUGAAAUAAAAGUUUUCAAGGAAAAAAACCGUUCUUGGUUUAUAAAUGAAUCAGUUCAAUCAGGAGGUCUUCUUCACUUUGCCACACCUGUGGACCCUCUGUUCCUGCUUCUCCACUACCUUAUAAAGGCCGAUAAAGAGGGGAAGUUUCAACCUCUGGAUCAAGUUGUGAUGGAUGACAUGUUCCCAGAUUGCAUCUUGUUGCUGAAACUUCCUGAACUUGAGAAGUUACUUCGACACGUGACAGAGGAGAAAGAAAUAGACAAGAAGAAAUAUUACAAGUACAGCAAAGAGAAGACAUUAAAAUGGCUAGAAAAAAAGGUUAAUCAGACUAUGGCAGCAUUAAAAACCAAUAAGGUAAAUGUCAGUGCCCGGGUACAGUCUACUGCAUUUUUCUCUGGUGGCCAGGUUUCCAGUGACAAGGAGGAGGAUUAUGUUCGUUACGCCCAUGGUCUGAUAUCUGAUUACAUCCCUAAACAAUUAAGUGAUGACUUAUCUAAGUAUUUAAAGCUUCCAGAACCUCCAGCUUCAGUGCGAAACCCUCCAUCAAAGAAAGCAAAGUUAUCAGAUGAGCCCGUACAGGCAAAAGAAGAUUACACUAAGUUUAACUCCAAAGAUUUCAAGACUGUGAAGAAAAAUAGCAAAAUGACCGCAGCUCAGAAGGCUUUGGCUAAAGUUGACAAGAGUGGAAUGAAAAGUAUUGAUUCCUUUUUUGGUGCAAAACAUGUUAAAAAAAAAUAG